AUGAAUGAUCAAGAGAUUAUUGAUUUGUUACAACGCCAUACAAAAGCUAAUGUCAGCGAGAACUUUUUGAAAGUUGUUCGGAAAUUGAAGGAACAGUAUGGUAAGGAUAAACCAGGUUUUAUCAAGGCUUGUAAUGUACUAGGGAAGUUUGCCAAUGCUAGCGAAGUCCUUGGAAAAGUCUUUGAUGUGAUUGAGGUGCCUACAAGCGAUGGCCAACAUCCUCAAAAGGCGGAUAUUUUACCUUCGAAAUCAAUUGCAUUGCCUGCACAAGGGAAGAAAAGGAAAUUUAUGAUAUCUAUAGCGAAUGAUGACGACGAGGCUGAUGAUGAUGACGAUGAUGGUUUACAUAUACCCUCGAGGAAUUCUAAUCCUUUUAUAAAGCGUAAACCAUUGGAGAAAAGUGAUCCAUCUCAUCAGGUAAUUUUUAAAAAGAUUAAGAAGGUUGAUGCUAACAGGUUGAAAAUGUAUUCUAAGGAUAAACGAAUAGCUGAUAAUGUUGGAGGAAAUAAGAAACAAAUAACCCCUGCAAAAGAACAAAAUGAUACAGUAGCGCCUGUAUCAUUUGGUACCACAACAGAAAUAGCUAAAGAUUGGUAUAAUUUUGAUGAUGAUUAUGGAAACCCUGUAUCGGAGGAAAUAGAGGAACAAAAUGAACUGAAUUCCAAGCUUAGUGCGGUUCAUAAUACAUCAUCAAGAAAGUUUCAUAUUGAAUCAUCCAUUUAUCAAGAUGCCUUGCAUUCUGAGAUUCAAUUGAACAUUUUACCAACAGAACAAAGAAAGAAAUGGUUACCUUCUUUUUUAAUUGAUUACGCUGAGAAAUAUGGAAUAACGAAAGAAGAAAUUAUUGGGUCUAUUGUACAGUCUACAACAAACAACGAUACUAUAAAUCCCUUUAGAAACCCUGAAAGUGAAUUUUCCGUAAAGGCAAGAAAGGGUAGUUCAUUGGUAAAUUUGAAACGUACUCAAAGGGAACAAACACAAAGAGCUAAGGACAAGACUACUGUAGAGGGAACUAAAAUUGGUGAAGCUUUAGGAUUAAAAGAUACAGAGAUUAAAACCGAUGUAGUUACAAACAAUAGAAAUCUUUUAAAAAAUGGAUCGUCCAAUGUCUCAUACAAAGAAGAUAUUAAAGCCACUCGUCAAUCUUUACCCUGUUUUAGAAGUAGAACAGACCUUCUAACUAUGAUUAGAGAAAACCAAGUGUCUAUUAUUGUAGGUGAAACUGGUUCGGGGAAAACUACACAGUUACCUCAAUACCUUUAUGAGGAUGGUUUCACUGCAAACGGAAAGAUGGUUGGGGUUACUCAACCUCGUAGGGUGGCUGCCAUGUCUGUCGCUAAAAGAGUUGCUCAAGAAAUGAAUGUGAAAAUAAAGGAAGAAGUUGGUUAUUCGAUAAGAUUCGAAGAUUAUUCUUCUCCAAAAACAAGAAUUAAAUUUAUGACUGAUGGUAUUUUACUAAGAGAAGUCCUGUUGGACAAUGAUUUAGACAAAUACAGUUGUAUUAUCAUCGAUGAAGCUCAUGAACGUACUUUAAAUACAGAUGUUAUGUUGGGUAUACUAAGAGUCUUACUACAGAGGAGAAAGGAUUUAAAGCUAAUUAUUACAUCUGCAACAAUGAAUGCAGCUAAGUUUUCAAAAUUCUUUGGUAACGCCCCUCAGUUUACUAUCCCUGGUAGAACUUUCCCGGUUGAGAUCAAUUAUUCUAAAUAUCCUGUUUCAGAUUACGUAGAAGAGGCAGUGAAAAAAGCUGUAAAUAUUCACUUAACAACUUCUAUUGAGAGUGGAGAUAUAUUAAUAUUUAUGACUGGUCAAGAAGAUGUGGAGGCAACAACUGAAUCAAUUCAAGAGAAACUUUUGGAAGUUUAUAGAAAAAAAGGUGAAGCAUCUACGUUUGAUGAGAUUAAUAACAUUGAGAUAUUUCCGAUAUAUUCUUCUUUAGCACCAGAAUUGCAAAGCAGAAUUUUUCAUAAACUGGAUAAAUCAAAGAGAAAGAUAGUGGUAGCUACAAAUAUCGCAGAAACAUCGUUAACUAUUGAUGGCAUUAGAUUUGUAAUAGACUGUGGCUAUUCUAAACUUAAAGUUUACAACCCUAGAAUUGGUUUGGACAGUUUAGCAAUUACGCCUAUUUCUUUAGCUAACGCUAAUCAAAGAUCUGGUAGAGCCGGUCGUACUUCUUCUGGGGUUGCCUAUAGACUCUAUACAGAAGAGACAUCUGAAACAGAUAUGUAUGGUUCCACAAUUCCUGAAAUUCAAAGGACAAAUUUAUCCAAUACUGUAUUAUUAUUAAAAUCACUUGGUGUUGAAAAUGUAAUGAAGUUCCCAUUUAUAGAUACUCCCCCAAUGCAAACUUUAUUAAACUCACUGUAUGAAUUAUGGUCCAUAGGUGCUCUAGAUAAUUUUGGGAACUUAACUAAGCUCGGAAUAGAUAUGACUAAGUUACCAUUACAGCCAUCAUUAUCAAAAAUCCUCUUAAAUUCUAUUAAACUUGGAUGCAGUAGCGAGAUCUUAAUAAUAGUUGCAAUGUUAUCGAUACCACAGAUAUUCAAAAGGCCGAAAGAAAGAGAAAAGGAGUCUGAUAAAGCAAGAAGUAGGUUUUUUGUAGCACAAUCUGAUCAUUUGACUUUGUUAAAUGUCUAUCUUCAGUGGAAAAGUAACCAUUUUUCGUCCCAGUGGUGUGCAAAGCAUUUUAUACAGGGGAAAUCACUAGAGAAGGCGGAAGAUAUCAGAAAACAGUUACUAAGGGUUAUGGAAAAACAAAAGUUCUCUUUAACAUCGGCGGGAUCUAACUGGAAUAUUAUUCGAGAAUGUAUAUGUACAGGAUUUAGCCAUCAAGCUGCCAAAUUAUCUGGCCUUAAAAGGUAUGUGCAUUUGAGAACCGGGAUGCAUACACAAUUACACCCUACUAGUGCAUUGUUUGGGAUGGGUGAUCUACCAUCGUAUAUUAUCUAUAACGAACUACUGAUGACAUCUACGGAAUAUCUUGUUUGUGUUACUGCAGUAGAUCCAUUUUGGCUAAUGGAAUCAGGGCUGUUGCUUUAUGAUAUCAAAAAAAAAGAUGAGAUAAAUGAUUAUUCAAUCGGACUUCUUGGAACUAAUAGUAAAUUAAACAAUAAUGAGGUAGAAAUGGAAGACGCACGUAAAGUAGUACGAGAGAAAUUAGAUAGUUGUAUCCUAAGAAGAAAAAUGAUUGUGGAUAAAUUAGAAAGAGAUACACUCACCUCAAGACAAAAAAAAGUCCAACAAACCUCAAAAAUAACAAAUGAGUCUCAGAUUAAAAAACCGAGGGCAGGGUUUUCAGCUUUUAAAAAGAGAAGACCAUUCUAG